AGAGCUGACUCUAAGAAUUCAAGAGGGAAAGUAAAAGUGAACAAUAUGAAGAACAUUCCAACAGUUGACCAGGGUGCCCAGUAGAUACAGGAAACCAUCGCAUUAGCCCCAGCGAAAACAGCAUACCAUGUGCAAUUUGUGGAUUAAAUGGAUAGAAAUUACAAUGCUGCUUAUUAUGGUUGAUGGCCAACUGUUCAAGCAGGCAAAGGCCCCGCUGCUACUCCACAAACCUUUCAUUGUUGUUUGGAAUGCACCUACGGAACAGUGCAGGCUGCGGUAUAAGGUGGACCUAGAUCUCAGAGUUUUUGACAUUGCAUCAAACACCAAUGAAACUUUGAGUGGAUCCAAUGUGACAAUCUUUUAUCACACUCAUUUGGGGCAUUACCCCUAUUACUUAGACACUGGGGUUCCUGUCAAUGGAGGGGUGCCACAGAAUGAGAGUCUGAUAAAGCACCUUAACAAAGCUAAGUCUGACAUUGACCAUUCCAUACCCAUGAAGAAAUUCCAAGGACUUGCAGUCAUUGACUGGGAAAACUGGAGGCCCCAGUGGGACAGGAACUGGGGUAAUAAAACCAUUUAUAGAAAUAAGUCUCUCGAACUGGUUAGGAGAUGCCAUCCUCAGUGGUCAGAGGACAAAAUUAGGAAAGUUGCUAAGGAAGAAUUUGAAAAUGCUGGCAAAAGUUUUAUGAACAACACUAUCCUUCUGGCUGAGCACAUGAGACCGAAUGGUCUGUGGGGUUAUUAUCUUUACCCAGACUGCUACAAUUAUGAUUACAAAGAACAUCCGAAAGCUUACACAGGUAGAUGCCCAGACAUUGAAUCUUCCCGCAAUGAUCUUCUGCUUUGGCUGUGGAAAGAAAGUACCGCUCUUUAUCCAUCCAUAUAUCUGGAUUAUAUAUUGAAGUCAAGUCCAAAUGCUCUGAAGUUCGUUCACUAUCGGGUUAAGGAAGCAAUACGUAUUGCCUCCAUUGCUAGAAAAGACUAUGUUUUGCCUGUUUUUGUUUACUCCAGACCAUUUUAUGCCUAUACUUUACAUGUUUUGACAGAGACUGACCUGGUGAACACUAUUGGAGAGAGUGCUGUUUUGGGGGCAGCAGGGGUUGUCCUUUGGGGAAGCAUGCAGUAUGCCAGCUCAAAGGAGAGCUGUUCAGUUGUGAAAAAAUACAUAGAUGGCCCCUUAGGACAUUAUGUCAUUAAUGUGACCUCAGCAGCCAAACUCUGCAGUAAAGUUCUGUGUAAGAAGAAUGGGAGAUGCAUCCGUAAAAUUAGUGACUCUUCUGCUUAUCUGCACUUGUCGCCCAAUAGUUUUGAGAUUAGGGUCCACCAUUCUGAAAAAGGCCCAAGAUUCUUUGUGACUGGAAAACCUAAACCAGAAGACAUAAAGGCCAUGAAGCAAAGCUUCACAUGUCAGUGUUACCAAGGCUGGACUGGGAUAUUUUGUGAACUGCCUGACCGAAGUGUAUUUGAACAAUGGGCUCACACUCUGUUUAAUAGAUCAAAAAAUCAAAUGCUCAACCUUCUCUUAUUUGGAUCCAUGCAGGUUUUUCUGCUUCUCACUGUACACUAAUGUUUCUUACAAGGAAGCAAGAAACAUUGCAGUUGAGACUUCAGAUCUCCUUGCUUAGCAAGCUUCUAUUCAGAUGGGAAAUGGUGUUGCAGACUGUUGCUUUAUUUUCAUUCUGCUCUGUUUAAGUACCAAUCCUACUGGUCAAGGCAGCGUUUUUGCACAGAGUGUUAAGGAGAUUUCGAAUGCAUCUCCCUCUUACUGGCCCCACUCGUACUGUUCUAGCUCAUUCCUUAAUUAGUCAAAACUCUACUGAUCCAUUGGGAGUUUUGCUCGAGUGAGAAGCAAGUAAAGCUGGGUAAAGACUUCAGGAUUUAUCCUUAGACAAGCAGAAAAAAAGGAUGUAAAGACCAUUUAUUUCAAAGGCUGGAUGAUUUAGAACACAUUAAUUCUGAGGAUCUUCCCAUUGACCAGGGGUCUAGACUGUACUCCUUUGUCCUGUUGAUUCACAAGCUGCUCUUUGACUAAAGACUGGGCCUGUCUGCAGUUUCUGAUAACCCAGUUCAAUCUUUGCUACUUAUUAAAAAAAUCACCUCUAAAAUCCAUUCAGGUCUGGGAUUCUCAGUCUCCUGAUUGCUGGGAGGUGGGAUGCUCCACUCUCCUUCCUUCCAGAUAGGGAGCGUUGUGUGCUCCUCACUGCCUCUUGGGCACUGAAUUCCCUACCUUCCACCCUGCUCAACCUACAUAUAGCUGGUAGAACACUCCUGUGACUGAUGCCCCACUUGCCCUGCACAUCACCAGACUGAGUUAGUGGAUUAGAGAGAUCCAUCAAGAGCAGGAAAUGGUGAGCAGCCUCCACAGAAACCCUCCGGGAACAUAUCAUCCUCUCUUUCAGGAAGGAGGGAGAAAAUGGAGCACCCCACCUCCCACAAGCUCUGCCCUGGCUCCCAUGUAGGGGACCUCUGAUCUAGAUGAUAGGGUCAGCACUUUGUAGCCUGAUCCUCUUUUAAGUAAGGCUAGUGGAAAGAUGGACUGAAUAAUUA